GAAUCUUUGAAGAGCUAACAUCUAUCUACAAGCGUUGGUCAAAAUGCUUGGGAAACUCGUCGGCCAGAAGUAUGUGUCCAUCGUCAAAACGUGGUUGCCGACCAUGGCUUUGUGGGGUUCAGUUGGAGGAGUAGCAUUGGUUCAUUUCACAGAUUGGAGGUUGAUAUUAGACUAUGUGCCAUACAUCAGCGGCAAGUUCAAGAAGGACGAGUAACUGCAGUAGAUGCAUUGAAGGUCGGUUUGUGCUGAUUGGAAGAUGACCCGAUGGAGAUGGGGAGGACCAUAACCAGAGCUGAGUGACAUCUGACACCUUGACAUGACUCCACACCAGGAGCAAAGACAUUCUUCAGCCUUUUCAAUUAAUACCAAUGGACAAUUCAACCUGAUUUUGACAUUUUAAAUCAACUGCAUUGUGCAUUCCUCUGAUGAAAGCACUUGGCCAGGUAGUGACGUGGAUAAAGAAGUGUAUGUAUUAUGAUAAAUUCACAUUUAUUAUGUACUGUUUUUUAUUUAUUUACUUUUGUUUUGAUUUCUUUGAUCUUGAAUUAGUUUUCUGUCAUUAACAACUCCUCUGUCUUAGGUAACUUUAAUUAUACAGUCCUUGUCACUGUUUACUGAUGUAAUUUGCUGAAUUUGGUCCAUCAGAGAGAGAAGGUGGAAUUCUUAAAUUACUUGGGUCCCGAGGCCUCCAACAAUCAGAAAUCAUAAAUAGUCUUGGGUUAUUCCUUCACCUAUUAUGCUUUUCAGUUAACCUGUAUGACAAAUGUCAACAAAGUUGUCUGGGCUUUUUUUUCUUGGAGCUCCUGCGUCCAACUAAUGAUAUUGUUGUAAUAAAAACUCGAACGGAACUACAA